AUGGGCCUGGAGGUGGGUCAAGUCAAGAUUGACUUGGCCCUUCGCAAUGAGCGGAUCCCCGAGUUUGAGGCGAUGAUGAAGGAGCAGGAAAAGAAGACGCAACAAGAGCUUGCUGCCAAAGAUGAAGCCCUCGCUGCCAAGGACCAAGAACUUAGCUCUUUGCGAGCGGAGAUUGAGUUAGCUUUCUGCAAUGGCUCAUCAAGCUUCAUGGUUUCAAGUGUUGAUAAAGUAGCUGAUCUGAAUGCCUCUAUAAAAGAAGGUUACUUUCAGGUUUUUGAUAACUCUGUUAGAAACAAAUCAUUUUAUACAAAAGGCCUGUCCAUAGACUCAGAAUUUGAAGAUAUGUCUUGCGCAUAUACAGCUCUAAGUGCAGUUGUAAAGAAGAAUGUAUGUGAAGCUUUCGUGGAGAAGGGAAUGCAGAACGGGAAAAAGAUUCCAUCCUCUGGUGAUGCAGAUGAAGCAUCAGAAACAAUUGCUGGGGAUAUCAUAUUUGUGGUUCCAUUAGUGGAACAUUCCAAAUUCAAAAGAAAGGCUGAAGAUCUCUUUAUAGAGCAUGCCCUGUCCCUCACUCAGGCUUUAUGUGGCUUCCAAUUCUUGCUCACUCAUUUGGAUGGUCGACAAUUUCUGAUCAAAUCCAACCCUUAG